CAAGUAGGAAGCAAGAAAGAAAGCACGUGUAUUUUUCUUUCUCAAAGAGAAAAAGGGACAAAGUUUAUGGCCAAAAGCCCGGUGAGUCGGCAAAUGUCGGACGAAGUUGCAAGAUUUUUAGAGGGAACGGCGAGUUUCGCCGAUAUUGUUUUUGGGGCUUCUGAAGAAAGCAACGAUUCCCUUGAAAAUUUUUGUGAAAACGAGGAGGAGUCUAAAGAAACUGUUGAAGAAAAUAAGGCGUUCUGGGAGACACAAGACCAGCUUCUCCAGGCGACAGUAUGUAAGACUAGUUCUAUUGAAUCAAAAGUUCGCCAGGCUACAAAAGAGGCGUUGAGGGAGAUUAAUUCGGUAAGCCUUGUAUGUGUGUGCCGGAAACCCGUAGCCGGAGGUUGCCGGAACUGUUUACAGAGAGAACUUUCCCUUAGGCUUCAAAAUGUUGGGUACAAUUGUGCCAUUUGUCAGUCCAAAUGGAAGAGCUCACAAGAGAUCCCCCCAGGGCAACAUAGUUAUUUAGAAGUGGUGGAGAAAUUGAGUUCAAAGAAAGGAGAAAUGAGGGUGGUGAUUGAGUUAAACUUCCGUGGCGAAUUCGAGAUGGCAAGAGCAAGUGAAGAGUACAAACGGCUGAUCAGUCGGCUACCGGAAGUAUUUGUUGGGAAAACGGAGAGAUUAAAAGCCUUGAUAAAAAUUCUAUGUGCUGCGGCGAAGAAGUGUAUGAAGGAGAAGAAGAUGCAUAUGGCUCCAUGGAGAAAGCAAAAGUACAUGCAGGCAAAGUGGCUGGGAACAUACGAAAGAACAGUACCAGCAACUCUGCCUGUGGGAUACUCAGACCGGCUACCAAAGCCAAAAGCUUCAAUGUUAACCUUUGAUUUGGUAGACAGUUUGCCUGCCUUGCGUUGCAGCACCGCAGUAGAAGUUUUGUGAUCAGAUAAAAAAUUUUGUUUUUUUUUUUGGUUUUUUCUUGCUCUACGGCUUCAGUUUUAACAUCAUGUUGUAAAAUAAAAUAAGUCUGUUAUGAUCUUAGCGAGUGAGAGAAUGUACGUCGUUGUUGAUCAGCCAUGGGAGAAAUUUUAUAUAUCCAUGAUAUGAAGUUCCAGUCCUCUUCUCGAAA